AUGGCCAUCGGGAGGAACUUUGAGGAGGCUUUCCAGAAGGCGCUGAGGAUGGUGGAUGAGAACUGUGUGGGCUUCGACCACACUGUGAAGCCGGCCUCGGACGUGCUGCCCCAGUUCUCCUUCUCACGCCUGGCGGGUGCCGACGUGGUGCUGGGUGUGGAGAUGACCAGCACGGGUGAGGUGGCCUGCUUUGGGGAGAACCGCUGUGAGGCUUACCUGAAGGCCAUGCUCAGCACCGGCUUCAAGAUCCCCAAGAAGAACAUCCUGCUGACCAUUGGCAGCUACAAGAACAAGAGCGAGCUGCUGCCCACGGUGCGGACCCUGGAGAGCCUGGGCUACAAGCUGUACGCCAGCCUCGGCACUGCUGAUUUCUACACCGAGCACGGCAUCAAG